AUGGUUAAUUACUCAAAUCUGUCACCAGAGUAUAAGUGUUUUACUGCUAUACUUGAUAAAAGUUGUGAACCUAAAACUUUUAAUGAGGCUUAUAAUGAUCCUAAUUGGGUAUCGGCCAUGAAUGAAGAGAUGGAAGCUCUUCAUAGGAAUUAUACCUGGGAUCUAGUUGAUUUGCCUGCUGGUAGAAGUGUUGUAGGUUGUAAGUGGAUUUACAAAAUUAAAUAUAAGUCUACUGGGAAGAUAGAAAGGUUUAAGGCCAGGCUUGUUGCUAAAGCCUAUAGUAUAAAACAAGGUGUUGACUUCGAUGAAACCUUUUCUCCUGUUGUGAAACUUGUAACUCUUAGAUGCAUUAUAUCCAUUGCUGUUCAAAAUGAUUGGGAAUUGUUUCAGUUAGAUGUUAAUAAUGCUUUCUUAUAUGGUAAUCUGAAUGAAGAUGUGUAUAUGUGUUUACCUGAUGGUAUUUUUCUAAAGAUGAAAAACAUGUAA